GUGUGUAGUUUGUCCCACUGACGCACCCGUAGAUUUUCCCUGGUGUGAAACAUGGCGAGUCCGGGCGGUGGCGUGGUGGUGGAUGAGUUAAGAUAUGCUGAAUAUACAGCCAAAUCUAACACACGGAGUGAAACAGACAUCGACAGGCGCCUUGGAGGCACACUCAUUGCAGUGGGGCUCGGUGUUGCUGCAGCAGGCUUUGCAGGCCGCUACGCAUUCCACUUAUGGAAACCCCUUGGACAGGCCAUUACAGAAACUGCCAAGAAGUUUCCCUCCACAGCUUUCUCAGCCUAUUACAAAGGUGGAUUUGAGCAGAAGAUGACUAAGCGGGAAGCAAGUCUCAUCUUGGGUAUCAGUCCAACCAGCACCAAGGCAAAGGUACGUGAGGCCCACAGGAGGAUCAUGGUCCUAAAUCACCCUGACAAAGGUGGAUCUCCAUAUUUGGCAGCGAAGAUCAAUGAAGCAAAAGAUCUGCUUGAGUCUGGCCCUCGGCGUUGACCUGACUGUCUGUGCUCUUCAAAGCUCCAUCCACUCAGCUGUUUCCUUUUUGCUCUCAUCCUCCAUCUCUGUCACACACCCCUCCUCUACAGGAGCUCUCACUGACCAGCAUCUUCCUCUUUAUGCUGCCCUGCACCCAGCCAACUCAGAGGCUCUGCAUCGCUGACCUGUCAACUACUACAUGGACUACUACCGCCAUCAAUGUGGAUCAUCAGACAUCAAAGGCAGAUCUUUCAUGUUGAAGGACCUUUGUGUUGUAGAUAUGACAUUGUUAUAUUGCAAGUAUGAAAUUGUAUUAAAAUUAUUCGUUUUAGAUUGCUGAAAACAUGUGCUCUGUUUGUUGUAAUACAACAUUAAUAUUAAUCAUCUGUUUAUCAUUUUGAAGAAGUGUAAGGGUGCAAAAGUGCUCGGAGUGAGCCAGAUGGACCUGCGUGUGUGAGCACUCAUUAAGUUAUUUUAAGGCACUAAAUAAACCGAUACAUAUUAAUCUUAAAAACAAA